AUGGCUAUCGACGCUUUAAAGAACCUCAUCAACAACAUCCCCGACUGGCAAACGAAGCUCGAUGAGCUGAGUAGCCAGGUCGACAAGCGCCAGCUGGAGCUGGCCGCCUUGGCCGAGGCAAACCCCCACAAGGAGCCCGAGACCAGGUCGCUGAGGAAUAAAGGCUCAACGGAAUCCCUCAAGCCCAAGGAUGAUGGCGCCAUGCACAUCUUCUUCACCGAUGAUGCUCCCACUCAGCCACAGCCCGACAUCGUCAAGGCACCCUUUCACGGUCCCAGGGAACGCCGGUCGUCACCGCCAAGCCCCGCUGCCGAGAAGCGCCCCCUAUUCCCCAAGUCUUCGACAGAUACCAAUGCCAUCCCCAGCGCCAGAGCGGCCAAGAAGAACAAGACGGCGUCUAUUGCCUCGGCAGAUGGCCCCCGGCAGACAUAUCGUACUAGGAAUAUGAUCAUCGUUUACUACGACAGCUACGUCCAGGGCUUCUUUGACGACCUGGUUCGGUUUAUAUCGUCAAGUAGGAAUCUGAUGCGAAAGGCCAAGAUGGCUGCCAAAGUGGCGCAGAUCAAGAAAUUGGCCGAGAUGGAAGUUCCCGACGACGAGAACACCGGCGGCGACGACAGAGGUACAGAGGCACUCCCAUCACUACGAUAUAUCAGCAGUCGGCGGUAUGGACCUGCUGCCAUGCGCAGUGGCCACCCCGGCCUGUCCAACCACACUCCCGACGUAUAUGACGAGCUGGACAAGGCGCUCGAGUUUGUACAGAGCACGUGCGAGCACGGCGCCCAUCAGUUCUUAAGAGAUGCCAAGUGCAAUGAAGAAGUACAAAAGAUCCAGAAGCGUAUCGGUGAGGUGCUCGAGAUGGCCAAGAAGGAAUUCGAGCGUAUUGAACGCGAAGAGCCCGAUCAGUUGAAGGAGGCCGAAUCCAAACCCCGCACCAUCAAGUCCAUCACCGUCAGCAGAACAUUGGUACCGCAUCACAAAGAAGGCGGCGAUCCACAUUCGCAGAAGCUCGAAGUGGCAGAUCCCGCCGCACCAAGGGCCCCCAUCAUGCACAUGGUCGAUCGAAUCGAGGCAGACCCAAAUGCCGAUCAGAGCGACUUCGAUACAGAAGCCAUGCUGGCAAAGAUGCGGUAUCGCUCAACACGGCAGAUGCGCAUGCGUGCCAUAGUAAAUUGA